AUGGAGUUUCCAGAGCAGCUCUGCGGGUGCCAGAUCCCAACAGGGCAAGAUGACAAGCGGAAGUCCAGCUGUGAAGGCAAGAGGGAGAGGAACCAAGGAGGUUCCCGUGGGUCAGAGGAAAGUGACUGUGGAGGAAGUCUUUGUCUAGGGCUUUGGGUGUUGGCGUCAGCUCCUCACGCAGCAGUAGCAAUUCCACCAUCAUCGCUUUGGAAAAAGAAGAAAAGGGGAAAGGCCUAUGAGGAAGCAGCAGGUUCCCAUGAGAUGGGAGAAGGAGCAUGUGAGCUUGGCACUGCAGCAGUAGGAAGACGGCAGGAGGAAGAAAAAGAAGACAUCGCCCUGUCCUCCCUUCGACUAAUGCAGGCAACAAGGACACAGCCCCUGGGCUCUUCACAAAUUGCAGAGAAGGCCAGGAAAUCAGCUCCAAAGAUGAUGUGCCUCUGCCCUGCUUCAGAGGCCCCAACUCACAUCCCAACGGCUAUGAGAGGUUUCCAUGAUCAAAUCCAGGAGCAGACAGCAGAAGUGAGGCUCACAAAUGGUCCAUCCGGGCUUUUCCGUGGAGCCCGUUUCUGCCCGACCCUCUUGAGGAAUGGGACCCGAGAAGGGCGCACUAGCCCGGGGCGCGGAGGCCAACGCCGAGCCUGCGCGGUGGGAGGCGCUGAGAGCUCACUGCGCACGCGCCGGUCGGCCGGCCGCACCCACGCGGCUCAGCUCUCAAAGUUGCAGACAGCCCGGCGAACCGCUCAAUGCGCUGCUUCUGCCCGCCGCAGAGAAAGGGAAAGGAAACUCCGCAGGGGCUCCGUUGGCUUCUCGACGAGUGACAAAGAUGCUUUCCCAGAUAGAAGACCGGAGCCCUGCUCCUUUGCGAUCCGCCGAGGGCUGCAGAGAGCAUCCUCAUCCAUUUGGUCACCCCUGUCCAGGAAGAGCCUGGCCAUCCCUUUCCAGACUGGAUCCUUCAGAGGUGAAUUUUCUUCGGUGGAUUCCGAUUUGCUCCGUCUGACCAGCCUAGGCAAUCCAGCAUCGCGUGGUACCAGUGCCCCUGGGCACACUUGCUUCACGCCGGCGCCGGCUCCGCCUCGCCAGCAAGCGCAUUCCCAGGUGGUCAGGCUCAGGAUGGACCAUGAGCUUUCAAAAAGGAAAAAGGUGGAAAUCCUCAACUAUGCUGCCAUCUGAAUAAGUGUUUCUUUGUAGCAUGCACAGAGUCAAGGAAAAUUACAUCCCUGCAUUAUGUAAUGUACCAACAACGCACUUACCCACUGUUUUAAUCUAGGUUAUUCUUGAAAGCAGAGCCUGAGACAAAGGUAGACACAUUCUAUUUAUGAGUCUAGCACCCAGGAGCAGGAAUGAGAGGCAGGGGAGUGAACAUGGGAAAAGGGAAAGUAAGUCCAAGCAAAACCAGAUACUGCUGUUAACAAGUGGUCCACCCCUAUUAAUGGCUACGUAAUGCAGAACUUUCUUAGGAUUCUUCUUAAACUUUAUCUCAGAACUGUCUGCCUUAGGGAGAAUGGAGAAGUAUUUCUCCAUCAGCAGUCACCUCCUGUUUGUUGAGGGCUGCUCCUUUGGGGCAUUAACUCACCGCCCCCACCACCCCAUCCCUCUGGGCUGCAAAGAGCUGAGAGCCCACAUGGUACCUCAGCAUCGCACAUUGCUACAUCAGAGAGGUCUUAAGACACGAAACUAGAGUCUUGGUGCAUGCUCGAAGUGAGACAGUGUCAGCACAGAGCAGUGUAAUAUCUUCCAUAACUGUUCAACAGAGCCACGACUGGACUCAGAGGUUGAAAAGAUAUGGGACCGUACACAAGAAGCAUCUUGUAAGCCUACAUAACAUAGUGUUAGACUCAUCGAAAUCUGUUUCGUUCCUUCUUUAUAAUCAAAACUUCAGUGUCCAGAAUAAGGUUGGCAGAAGGGUUAAAUAGGAAAGUUAAAUGCAUUAGAAGGUGUAUAUUUAUAAGUUUUAACCUUGAGUCAUGUUCAAGGAGAAAGUGACAUUGGAACUUGGAAAAUUAAAAAAUGAUUCUACUUGAAAAAUUUGACCAUUGCAUAGAGAUAUUAGCUAUUGUCUAAUCUUUUGUAAUCUCAGAAACAAUCGUGAAUUGUUUGGUGAAAAAUGAAAAAAUAAAAUGAACCAUUUCUUAUGUCUCUGUGAGCUUUAUAGACCAAUGUCACUAACUUUUCCUAAGAUAAUUGUUUCCUACUGUCAAAUAGCUCUAGUGAUAUACAUCUUACAAUCAAUGAAGGGAAAACUGAUAGAAAUAUAGGUAGAAAAAUACUGGGAUAAUUUUCAUCGUAUAAAGUGUUAGCAUUAACAUUGGUUAGAAUAGAGGAGAAACUGCAUGACUUGACUGGACAUUCCUGUAUGUUGUAUGAGGCCCUAUCUUAACAGAAAUAGUGAUAUCAUCAUCAUUCUCUCUUAUUUGGUCUUGAAUUGCCACCAAUAGGAUAAAACCUUUGAAUUAUUUAACUCAAUAUAUGUUAAGUUUCUACUAUGUGCUGUGUAUUGGUACUAUAAAUAUGAAUAAGACAUAAAAUAUUACAUUCAAAAACAUCAGAAUACAUGUUCUUUUAAGGUGUACCCCAAAACAUUUACCCCACAUGUUCUGGGGUGCAUGUUAGGCUGUAUCACAAAUCAAGUCUUAAGACAUUUCAAAAGAUUGAAAUCAUAUAGAGUAUGAAUUAAACCAGAAAUCAAGUACAUAAAGGUAACAAAAAAUUUCCUAAAUGCAUUCAUUUAAGGAACAUACAUCUCAUGACCCAGGAGUCACAAAAUAAAUCACAGCAAAAUUGCAAAAAUAUUUUGAAAUGAAUUUUAAUGAAAAUACAGCGUAUUAAAGCUCUAAGUACUUAUGUUAGAAAUUUUACAGAAAGGUUGGCUAUCAGUGUUUCCAGAAGCCGGGGGAAAAGUUUAGACAACUUGAUCGCUGAGGAAGGGAAACAAAGUGAGACCUCUGAUCACCCUGCCUUUCCGAGGCGAGCACUCUGGAUCCCGUCGUAGGAGACCAGAGUCUUGCUGAGUUGAGGAGAGGAAGAUUGGAGUUGAGACUGAGAUAGUUUGAAUUUUUUAGGACAAAGUAUCAACAAGGAAGAAGGUAGACAAAAAAAUCCAGAAAUCUACGUAGAGGCUCCAUUGUGUACCUAGCAGAACACUACGCCUAACGAGUCUCAAAAUUAGCGUGUGAUUGGGAAAUAUCUAAUUUCCGUCCAGCCACAGUGGAGAGUUUUGACUGAAAACCAUUCACUAAAGAUCCCAGAAAGGUUACGUGUUACAUGAGUAGGGCUAAAGUAUCCUGACUAAAAACUGUACUACAUUUGCUCCCCACCCGCACAAAAAGCUUAAAAACAAGCCUCAAUAGUAUAAAGCUGAACUGUAAAUAACUAAACUACCUGCCAGAACAAAGUCCAAAUUUAUUAGUUCCAGUCCUCCAAAGUAACACAUGGAAAGACAGGAUUCAAUUUACAAGACAUUUAUUUGGGGGGGGAGAAAAUGGCUAAGGGUUUAAAUAGAGAGGAAGUCAGAGAGACAGAGUCCUCAGAAUACAUAAAAUUUCUGGCCUCCAUGGAGGUGUGAUGGUUAAUUUUAUGGGUGUCAACUUCACUGGGCCACAGGAUGCCUCAUAUCUGAUCGAACAUUAUUUCUGGUUGUGUUCAUGAAGCAUUUUCUGGAAGAAAUUCACAUUUGAAUUGAUGGACUGAAUAAAGCAGAUUGCAGUCCCCAGUGUGGAUGGGCUUGAUCCAGUCUUCUAAGGACCCAAAUAAAAUAGGUGGAGGAAGGUUGAAUUUUCUGCCUGACUGUGGCACUGGGACACCCAUCUUCUCCUGCCCUUGACCUGAGACUGACACCUCAAUGCUCCUGGUUCUCAGACCUUCGGACAGCAGAUUGGGGGCCUUUUCAGCCUCCAUUAUUGUGUGAGCCAAUUCCUUAUAAUAAAUAAGGAUUUAUAUUUAAUUCCUUAUAAUUAAAUAAGGAUAAAUCCGUAUAGAUUGAUUAUAAAUCCUUAUAGAUUGACUGAUAGAUCCAUAGGACUUAUUGAUUCUGUUUCUCUGGAGAACCCUGACUAAUACAGAAGGAGAGAAGGAAGAAAGGAUGGUUGAGCAGCAAAAAGCUUAGACUGUAGCACAGUUCUGAUAAAGUUUGCGGUCAGAUGAAGAACACUCAAACCAAAGUUGCCCAUUGGAGGAGCCCCCUACCUCACAGGAAUAGGCCUGCAUUAUUAGUAUACCUGCCUCAUUCAUUCACUGUUGUUCUUACGGAAACAACUCAUGGGAAAUGUAGCCUUGGCAUGACUGUAUCAAUGGAUACGGAGAGGAGUAGCGGGGACACCCCCCAGUCAAUUAUGUUCCACAGCAAAAGAUCUCAGUGGUGCAUUUCCACGCUGGCUCAGUCCACCCCUUGGGCUGCACAGCUCUAUUCAGGCCUAGCUGCCAGGAAGAGUAUUAGGUGUCAUUGUCAACUCAGGCUGUGUGCCCAGUAAACCUGGAAGUGUCUGGAUAUUCUUGCUUGCCAGCAUAUAGUCAUAAAUCUAUUUGGGGAAGAACUUGCCAUUUCAUCGAAGUAUAUACCUGUAUAGCAGGGUUCUUCCUCCUAGUGACCUGUGACCUAGUAACCCAGCCACUUAUGGGUUCUUCCAUCUGUGGGUUCCUUACGUGAAAAGUGCUUCAGGUCUGGGAACUGAGAAAGGGAUGUGUCAUUGGAGUGCGGUUCCAUUCGUGCCUUAUUUGGUUAUAGGCGUUAAGCAGCAUUCUUGUUAUGUGCCCAUCUAUUUUGCCUGUAGGGGUGUUACUUUCAAUUAAUUAUCUCCUAAACACCCUGUGAAUCAAACCCCCUUAACUACCCCUCCGAUUUCACCAGUUGUUAUAGUAAUUAUGGCCUCUUGACUUUUGGUAAUUAAGCACUAGUCCUCCAGGGCCCUCUAUCAUUUGAGGGCCCAUCACCCCUGAAUCAUUAACAAUCCCAGCUCUCUGACCACCUCAUUUACCAUCAGCCCUGGUCUAAAGAGUAAAGCCACUACUGUACUUAGUGAUACUGGUAACCUCUCACAGGCUCAUUCUUGGCGGCCUUAGUGAAUUGUCACUAUUUUAUGACAUGUUCAUCACAGUAUAUCCAUCACAUAUUCAUUCAUCUGACCCCUAUGAAGGUGUGAUGGUUAAUUUCAUCACAGUACAUACAUGCCAUUGUAUAGCAGGUCCUUAACUAAUAUAGCAACACCAAAGUUUUCAGGCAGAACUGAUAGACCCUGUUGAAGGGCAGGCAAGCCCAGAGCAAACCAUCUAUAUGCAGUUCUUUUAACAGCCUGCAAGGCACUGUAAGAUUAGGGAGACAUUUAUCAAAUUACGUUCUGUGGAAAACUAGUUCCAUAGGAUAUGAACUGAUGUCAGGAGAAAAAUUAAAUUAGAAAGUUCCUUCAGUGCCAGAUUCUCAAAGCCAUUCGUAUGUGAAUGUUUAGUGCAGCUCUCCAAAAGAGAUGAUUUGCUGUGUUCCAUGUGGCAGUAGUAUGAUGUGCAACCCAGAUCCCCCUUCAAAGAACGGCUUGAACCCCACUUGCUGGGUGUAAUGUUAGCAGGCAGCCUGCAGCUGACAGCCCUCUUCAGGAAUUGGCAUAGCUGUAGAGAACCACUUCACCUAAGGUCACACUUUUUUGUGGAGUGGCCCAUAGCCAAGGAUUGAUCAGUGUGGAGAUACAGAGUUGUUCUCUUGCCCAUCUUAGGACAUCUCUGAGGGCCAUUUUAACUCCAGAGCUCCCUGUGGGGUUGGCCAAGGCUGUCGUUGGACCUGCAUUAUAACUCAUCUCCUCCCUCCACCCAAUUCCACUUCUCUCUCUCUCUCUUUUAACAAACGUUUGGCAAAAGGCACUUCUUAAUAAAUAUCCUACAAUUAAA